UGAACAGAAUUUUUCAUUUUCCUUCCGAAGAAAAAGGUCGUUGGGAAAGUUCGACUUUUCUUAUAUGAACUCAACAAAAGUCACAUAAACCUUUUGGCUGUGUAUCCGAUUUGUUGUUCCAUCGCAUCAACUGAAUCUGUCUUGAAUAUUGGAUCUCCGUUUUAGAUCUUCCUUUUCCUUAUUCUAGAUUCUUCUCCUCACACCAUCAUCACUACUUCAGCUGCUGCUGCUUCAUCUUUUGGUAUUGAAUUUGAUUUUCAUGUGCAUGUUGACUUCAAUAUGGAAUUAGGUUUUUGUUUUGACUUUUUCUGGUUUGUUGGAAACUUAUUCAAUCUUUGUUUGUUAGCAAUUUGUUGUAUUUUACUAUGAAUGAUGUGACGAGAACUAUAUUAUGCCUGAUUUGUUAUCUUGUUUAACCAUAUGUUGUGGUCAAUUUUGGAUGAGUUUGGGAAUAAUAUGAAUGGUUGGAAUCUUUGCCUGAUAUGAAUUUUUGAGAAAAGGUUUCUCAAAUAUACACGAAAAUGGAGAAGAAACGAAAGAUUAUGCAGUAUAGGGAGAGGCUGGAUAGGACUCUUGCCUCUGAUGAUCUUACAAAUGUUGAGAUACUCAAAAAGCUUGUAAAAAGUCAACUCCUACCUUCAUCAGAGCUAGAAGAUGAAGGAUAUAAGGAGAAAUUAAUAGAACGUAAGACUGCAGAAAUAUCUAACUUUCUUGAUAUGUUGAGGAGUGCUUCAGAUGAUGGUGGACUGUCUAAUACACCACAUAACGAUUGGAAAUUAAAACAGGAUAGUGACGAGUUUCGUGUUAUGUAUCGUCAAGGACUGGAGGGAACUCCCUUUCAUACAAUGCUAGUGGAAGGCUUUGUGGAUGGACCUGUUGAUGUUUGUUUAUGUAUCUCAUGGCAGACCUCUCUUUACAAAAAAUGGUGGCCUCAAUCUACUAUCCCUACUUUCAAAAUCUUAUCCAGUGAAUGUUUACAGAAGGUCCAGAUUGGGGAACAGAUAUCACUAGUGAGGAUGAAGGUUUCGUGGCCUCUGUCUAUGAGGGAAGCUGUAGUGCACUAUUAUCUGUUUGAGUACUUUCAAGAGGACUUAGUUGUUGUUCUUACGAAUUCGGUUCCUGAUUCAAAGAGUGUCGCGGAGACUCUUUCUAGUUUCAAUGAUGAAGCAAUUCCUGAAGCAAACGAUGUCGUGAGAAUUGAUUUAGUGGGAGGGUUUGCUUUGCAAAAGUGUACACCGGAAAGAAGUUACUUUCGGACAAUAGCAAAUAUGGAUGUAAAGGUGGAUUUUGUUCCUCCUUCUUUGAUAAACUUUAUUUCAAGGCAACUCAUUGGCAACGGUUUCAGGCUUUAUCAGAAGGUUGUGGCUUCUGUGAUGAGCCAAGAUAAAGAAGAAUUCAGCAAGGCCUUGGGGGAUCCGUUAUAUGCUAGAAUUCGCGAGGCUUUAUAUAGUACGAGUAGCGGGGAGCUUCCGCAAGUUGCAAGAAUUCACCCUGCUGAAGAUCUUGUUGAAAGUAAGAAGGGUGAAGUAAAAGUUGCAAAUAAUGUCGUGCCAUCAGCAACGAAUGCAACAGUACUAGAAAAUAGUGAAACGUUUGGUGAGAUUGUAGAAUUAGGUAAGGAAGAGAUUGUAGAAAGUGUGGAGAACAAUGUGAAAGCAAAUGACAUUCCAAAUGACAAAGUUGGUGGAGUUGCACAAAAUGGUAAGAGGGGUGUAUAUAUCCGCUCGGAGGUCGAACAGGCUCUAGAAACAUUAGACAAGGCCAUUUCAAUGGUUAGGGAAUACCGGUUACGUUCCCCGAUUGUGACUUCUAGCUUUGCCAAUGAAGAGUCACCUUGCAUGAAAAAAUAUGGGCGAGUUGAUUCGUUUUCCAUAAAAACGGUUAAACCUUGUGAUCAAAAUGAGGUUAGUGUUAGUUCAUAUUCUUUGGAAAAUGGAGGAAUUCUGGACCAAUCAACACGCCGCAGCAACAAGCAACUAAACACUGAUUUGGUUCAAGGCAUCUCUUCAGAUGACAAAGGCAAGUCCAGAAUGAAGAAAAAAACCAACGCCGUUCUAAAUCAAGGUAUGUCUUCAAAUAAACCAAAGAAGUUGAGCAGGCAUAGAAAAUAUUUGUGCUGUAGUUUUCCGCAUUAACCAAAAGGCGAAAGCUUAAUGGUUAAGAGGAGAGGAAAGAAGACAUGAGAUUUUGAGCCUUUGAGGCAUAUUGUCAAGAUGUAACACCAAAUCUCAGUAACUUAUUACACGUUUUGUAUACCAUAGGGGAUGAUUUAAUAAUGGUUAGGUUGUCAAAUAUACGUAUACAAGGUUCUCCUUGAACCAAAAUGGUGCUGCAAUUAGUACAUAUUUGGGUCUUAUUAUUACCAUUUAGUUGGACGUUUGAUCCAUUGUGGUGUAUAUAGAAAAAAUAUUUAUUAGAAGAGGAUUGUCCUUCAAGUACAUAUAUAAAAAUUAAUUAAAAAAUUA